GUGGAGAUUUUUUUGUUUAUUUUCGUGGGCAGCUAGCUAGCCAGUCAGCCCUAGCGUUUACUGUGGGUGGUUGUGCAGCAUAUUCAAAACUAGAACAAAGCGCUACUCCUGUAUUGGAAGAACAAGAACUACCUCAACUAAUAUGCCAUUUAAUUUUUAGUGAGGGGGUUGGAUUUGGGGCCAGGAGGAAAGAAGCUUCAGGUAGAUGAAAGUCUGUUAGCUUAUGUGCUAGCAAGCUAGCAACAAUUACCUUAACGUCAGAUCCACAUUUUGGUAUAAACGGUUGUUGUAUAACAUUUUCUCCCAUCUGGACGCCGCUCCUGCACAUAGAGUUGCUCUGAACACGGGACACUCUCCAGCUAAAAAUAUAGAGGACACAGCUGAAAAUUUCACAAAAUAGUGAAAACAGCAAAGCAAGAUGUCAAUCACAAACACUCCCACAAGCAACGACGCCUGCCUGAGCAUCGUGCAUAGUCUGAUGUGCCACCGACAGGGAGGGGAGAGUGAGAGCUUCGCUAAGCGAGCCAUAGAGAGUCUUGUCAAGAAGUUGAAGGAGAAGAAAGAUGAGUUGGAUUCCCUCAUCACAGCCAUCACCACAAAUGGAGCUCAUCCAAGCAAGUGCGUGACCAUACAACGCACAUUGGAUGGACGCCUGCAGGUCGCAGGGCGUAAAGGCUUCCCGCAUGUCGUCUAUGCCAGACUUUGGCGAUGGCCAGAUUUACACAAGAAUGAGUUAAAACAUGUGAAAUACUGCCAGUAUGCCUUCGACCUGAAAUGUGACAGUGUUUGUGUCAACCCAUACCACUACGAGAGGGUAGUUUCUCCGGGAAUUGACUUGUCAACACUGACUCUUUCAAAUUCAGGCCCGCUUAUUGUGAAAGACGAGUUCGACUAUGACAACCCGCAGUCUCACUCCAGCUCCGAAAACCACCUGCAAACAAUCCAGCAUCCUCCGUCAAGGCCCGUUCCUCAGGAGCAGUUCUCUAACCCCCCUCUGCUCCCCCCUUCGGAGGGCAGCAGCUCCGCUUCUUCUUCGGCUUUCUCCGCCAUUAGUGCCGGCCCUUCAAAUCCGACACCCAACUGGAGCAGAAACGGCAACUUCCCCCCAGCGGUGCCUCAGCACCAGAAUGGACACCUCCAACACCAUCCACCUAUGCCUCACACGGGACAUUACUGGCCUGUUACCAAUGAAAUAGCAUUCCAGCCGCCCAUAUCCAACCAUCCAGCCCCAGAAUACUGGUGCUCCAUUGCGUACUUUGAGAUGGAUGUUCAAGUUGGGGAGACGUUUAAGGUGCCGUCCACAUGUCCCGUAGUUACCGUGGACGGUUAUGUGGAUCCCUCAGGGGGUGACCGAUUCUGCUUGGGUCAACUGAGUAAUGUCCACCGGACAGAGAACAUAGAGAGAGCUAGGCUUCACAUUGGCAAAGGUGUUCAGCUGGAAUGCAAGGGAGAGGGGGACGUGUGGGUGCGCUGUCUGAGUGAUCACGCCGUGUUUGUGCAGAGCUAUUAUCUGGACCGGGAGGCUGGCCGGGCUCCAGGCGACGCUGUCCAUAAGAUCUACCCCAGUGCUUACAUCAAGGUGUUUGACCUGCGUCAGUGCCACCGGCAGAUGCAGCAGCAGGCGGCGACGGCUCAGGCAGCAGCUGCAGCGCAGGCAGCCGCGGUGGCGGGGAACAUUCCCGGUCCUGGCUCAGUGGGAGGCAUCGCCCCUGCCAUCAGUUUGUCUGCUGCUGCAGGCAUCGGGGUCGAUGACCUGCGCAGGCUGUGCAUCCUGCGCAUGAGCUUCGUAAAAGGCUGGGGGCCAGACUACCCCCGGCAGAGCAUUAAAGAGACACCCUGCUGGAUCGAGAUCCAUCUACAUCGAGCUCUGCAGCUACUAGAUGAAGUCCUGCACACCAUGCCCAUAGCUGACCCGCAGCCUCUCGACUGAGCUAAAAGAAAUCAAUGAACUGUAUGAAAGAAAAAAAAUCUGUUGUUAACUCACCACUUCACCUGUAGGCCUGGAAUGCCAAAGGAGGACUGUGAUUUUAUGAAUGCUGUACUAGGAGGACCUAAAGGCUGGCGCUGUACUCCAAACAGCUUUUAAAAUUUCCUUUACGGGAGAAUUCUCAAACAUUGAGCUCCUGCUAUGCUAAAAGUAAUCCUGUCCUACUGGGAGGAGUUAGUUUCCUUAGAGACGCAUGACCAAUCAGAAAUCAGCGUUAACUCAAUGAAAUCACGUUAUAUUAAAGCAAAAACACAAGCAAUGGUAUAACUACCCUAACACUGAGCUUAAAAGGAAAUCAAAUUUUAGACUUUUAUGCGAGAAGAAACGUAAAUAAAUAAAGUGAUCAUGUCCUAAAUCUGUAUUUAGUUGGGAGUACACUGCUGGUCCAGUUCUCCUUUAAUGGCUUUCUUUGGCUGAAAAAAACUUCCUGUAGUAGAAGUUUCCCCUCACAGAUCACCGUUCAGGACAUCUAUGGAAAAGUGUAUAAAACUCAUGUUCUCAUAAGAUGUAGUCUGUAAAAAAAAAGUUUAAAAUGCUAACGGUUUUGUUGGUUUUACCACACAGCGUUGGAAGAACCUGCUGUAGAGCUCAGCAUCUCAUCACGUACAUCUUAGUGUUACUUCCUGAAUUGAUUUCAAAUCUUUUUUAUAUAUAAAUCAUUUGAAUUAUAAAUAUUUCAAAAGAAAAUGUUUGCAGUUAGGUGUCCAUCAGCACUUUUAUCUCAUUCUUGCAUCUCCUAGUUUGAAUUGUGGCCACUUUCACUCAGAUUUUGCUUUCUUGCUAUCAACUUAAAUGGCGGCCAAACUUUUCCAAGGGCCCAAACUCGGAAUAGUUUGGAUGGUGAAUCACUUAAAAAUGGCUGCAUUACUGCCCGUUUUCAAAUCUGGGAAUAACAAAUUGGAUGAAACAAAACGGCCGAGGAAUUACCUGUGAGGGAGAGCAAGCCAUGAUGAUGCCAAAAGAACUUUAAAAACAAGGCUGCAGUUGAUUCAGCGUUGGUGUGUUUGUUUUACACAUUUGGGUUUUUGUUCAGUUCUAUUGAUGGAGAAGUAUUUUAGAGUUGAGUUCUGGCAGUAUUUUAUACUCUUUUUGCUACAUUUACACAUCUGAUCGUUAGUAAUUGAGAAGUGUGGUUUACAGGAAAUACAAAUCCAUGCUCAUUGAUCUUUAAACUGAUGUAAACUACAUAUUGAGGUUUAUAUGUAUCAAUAAAAUGUAAUGGGCUAACA